AUGAAAUUUCAUUUAUUCUGUCCUGUUCUGUUUUUCUUCCUUCUGUCAUUAGGAAAUUCGAAAAUCUCUAAAUGUGUUUGUGGACAUGUUAGAAGUUAAAUUGAAUGUUAAAAUUCAGGUUUUUGCAUUUGGGACACAAAUUAAUGUAAAUUGUGCCCAGGUCAAACAUACAAUAUGUAAAUUUAAAAUUAGAAUCCAUGCAAAAAUUUCGCAUAAGAAGAUUGCAGAGAAUAAGAAUCAUGUGGUUUUCAUUUGGGUUAAUGCAUCAACUUUACAGAUUGUAGCAUUUUUAAUAAAGAUUAUUGUUAAGAAUCUUCAUACAAAUGUGUUUCUGAUGGCAUAAAGUGUGUUCAAAUGUUAGAUUGUAAAGAUUAUAAGACAGAGAAUGGAUGCUAAAAUAAAAAUCAAAAAGGUAAGUACUAUUUUUGGGUUUAGGAUAUAGAGAAAAAAUGCAGAGAUGUAAAGAUUUGUGAAGAAUUACCAACAUAUUUAAUGAGUCAUAAAAUGUGUAAAGAAGGUUUAGAUGUCUGCACUGUAAGUGAGAAAGGUCAUGGAUGCAUUGAAUAACUGCAAUCAUGUAGUUAAUAUAAUAGUGACUUUUAAUGCUUUGAAAGUAAAUAAAGAUAAGAAAAUUGCUUUUGGAAUCAAAAAAGUAGUAUGUGUAUAGAAAAAGUUUGUGACAACCUUCCAUUUUCUUAAGAUUUUGAAUGUAAAUCAUUUUUAAGUGAAUGUACAUCAAAUGGAGUUCAUUGUGUAAUAAGGAGAUAAUGUAGUGAUGCUUAAAGUAAAUUUGGGUGUGUUACAGAUGUUUAAGGUAGGAAAUGCGAAUAUCAUUAAAAUACAUGUAAAAUCAAGAGUUGUAGCACUGCUUCAAAUAAGCUUACAAAUUAUCAAUAAUGCUAGAAUUAUGAUAAUUUAUUAGAUUGUGUUACUUCUGAAAAUGGAGGAUGUAAAAUAAGACCUGAAAUCUGUGAUGGCUAUGUUAGAGAAAUGGAUUGCUACUCUGUAGAAUUAUAGGAUUGUUAAUGGUACAACAAUAAAUGCGAAUAAAGAUAAUGUUAUCAUGCACCUAUUUAUUAUGGCCAUAGAGAUUGUAAAAAGUAUGGAAAUUGCAUAGGCAAAUUAAAUGGUGGAUGUAAAACAACACCUUAAAUAUGCGAUGAAAUUCUAGAAUAAUAAUUUUGUGAAUUAAAUUAUAAUAAAGAAAGAUGUCUUUGGUUAGAAGGUAGCUGCAUAUUAUUAGAAUGUAACAAAUUGUACUUACCAACUUACAAGAGUCAUAAUAUAUGCUAAUAGGCAAGUCAAUUUUGCACUUUUAAUAUAGAUUCUUUGGGUUGUACAGAUUAUCUAUGUGAAAAUAUUCUAGAAAUUGAGUAUUGCACAAUUGAUUCGAUUGGUACUGUUUGCACAUUGAAUCAAGGAUGUAUAGAGAAGAAAUGUAAAAGUGCUCCACCGCAGUAUGAUACUAAUUAGAAAUGUGAAACAUGGUUAUCUAAAUGCACAGUUAAUGUUUAAAUGUUAUCAAACAAUUAAAAGAUUCUGAUUGGAUGUGUAGAUAAAAUGAAUACUUGCUAACAAGCUCUUCAAGAUUAAUGUUAUUCUACGCUUUCAGGAUUUUAGUGUAAAUGGGAUUAAAUUAGUUAAAUUUGUGUUGAUUAAGUCUGUACAGAUGCAAAUCCUAGUUAAUAUAAAACUAAUGAAAAUUGCAAAUCAUUUAAAGUCUUUUUAGGUUCUUGCAUAAUUGGACCUACUGGAGAAGGAUGUUAAUAAUGGCCAUCGGAUUGUAACCUAAUGUUAAGUUAAUAAUAAUGUGAAUUGAAUCUAUAAAAUGGAACCAAAUGUUUUUGGAAUAACAGCUAUUGUAAAAUAUCUGAAUGCUCAGAUGCUUCUAAAAUUGAUUACACCAAUAAUGUUGAAUGUAACACUUGGCUGGAUUAUUGCAUUUUUAACCACACUGUAGGAGGAUGUAAAGUCAGGCCUAGUUCAGUUGCUUGCACAUCUUCGCCGAACAAUAGCAUGUAUAAAACUCAUUAAGAAUGUUUUGCAUGGAAUCAUUAGUGUACUGUUACUCCUUCGUUUGCAGCUGAAGGUUGUGAACAAAAGAAGUUAAAUUGUAAUGAAUUUAUUAGGCAAAGGAAUUGCAGAACUAAUUUAAAUGGUUAGUAUUGUUAUUGGGAUGAUGCAGAAUAAAGUUGUAAAAAUGAGGACGACGAUAAUGAUGGGCAAAUUGAUUGUCAUAAGAGAAUAUAUGGAGAAUUAUCGCAUGAGGAUUGUGAAAACUUCCUGCCCAAAUGCACAUUAAAUAAUAUUGAUAGAUAUUGUUCAGAUCUUUCCUAUAUGUGUGAUUAUAAACUUAAAUAACAAUGCGAAAUCACUAUGCUUUAGUAGCCUUGUAAAUGGGAUGAGCAAAAUUAACUAUGUAAGGAAGUAGUUUGCACAGACAAUACAACUGCAACAACUGAAGCUGAAUGUUUUAGAUUUAAGAAAUUUAACUAUUGCCAAUUGAAGAUUAAUUCAAAUGGAACAUUUGGACCAGGCUGUGAAUCUAGACCAACUUUCUGUGAGUAUAUUACAAAUCCAGUUAUAUGUAAAUUAACUGUUACAUUAAGUAAUGAAAGAUGUUAUUAUUUUAAUUCUUAAUGCUAGGUUGUACAAGACGAUUAAUGCGAGUUUAUUACUGACAGUAAAAGUAAUGAGCUCUGUCAAUUAUAUAAUAAUAAUUGUGUAUUAUAAUCAAGUGGAUAAGGCUGUUAUUCUACUAGAGUUUGUUAAGAUUUGACAAAUUAAGUUUGUAACAGUGCGAUAAUGCAAAGUAAUUAGAUGUGUAACUAUUCUGACAUAUGGAGAAGAGAUUUGAUUUGUUCUGAUAAGCUUCUAUCUAAGAGCAGCUGUGAAGGCUAAAAAACGCGAUUAGGAUAACUAUGCUAGUAUGCAUAGUCUUGUUCUGGCACUUGUAAAUAUUAAUGCAUCGGAUACACAGCACAAAAAACUAUGAACUUCACCUCAUCUAACACUCUUUCAUAUAAAAGAUAAUAAUGCUAAGCCUAUUCAUCAACCUAUAUAUAUGAUACAAAUUGUAAUUGCUGUGUUUUAUUAACUUCCUGCAAUCUUUUUUCAGGUGCUGCGUCACUUUGCAAUGCAUCAAUAGCCCAGUCAAGCUAGGUUAUACAAAGAUGCGGAUAUAAUUCCUCUAAUAGCACUUGUGAGAACAGAAAAUGUGAGCAUAUUUUAAAUGCCACUUCUGAUAAAGGGUGUUAUGAUUGGAAAUAUGAUUGCAUUUUUGAUGGUACUAGUUGUAAGACUUACUCUGGAGAUUGCACUUAAAUAAAAUUAAUUUAUCAAUGCUAAUAUUAUGCUUGUUUUUGGCAAACUGGUAAAUGCCUAAAUUAUCUUGAUUGUCAACUUAAUACCAAUGCCAUCUCGAAUCGUGAAUGCUUAUUAAUAAAUGCCCAAUAUUGCAGAUUAAAUUACACUAAAGGCCAAGGUUGCUCCUUUAUGGAAUGUGAUCAUAUUACAAAUUCUGUUAUUUGUACUUAAACUAAACUUGUUGAUGGAUCAAAUUGUAAAUGGUACAAUUCUUCAUGCUAUUCCAAAUAUUGUUUUGAGUAUACUACAUAGUCUGAGUGCGAGAGUAGUUAUGCUUAUUAUGGACAUGUACCCACACAAUGUUAUUGGUGUCCCAUUUAUUCUACUCGAUGUUCUAAUUCGAAAUACUGUAGUUUAGAUACCAUGAUCUAACCUAAAUCACAUAAAGAUUGCAAUGAAGUAAAUGUACUCUAAACAAUCUAUUUAUCAUUAACUACAAAAUGCACAGUGAAGAAAUAAUUAUGUUCAGAAUAUACUUAUGAAGAUUCCUGUGUAAUUACAAUUGAUGGGAUAGACUGUUAUUGGAAUGUAACUGUCUGUAUCAACAUUUGUGAAGCUUCAUAGAUUAAUAAUAUCGCCAACAAUAAUUCUUCUUGUGCUAGUUGGCGUUCAUAUUGUAUGUCAUCAACUGGGCAGGUAUGUCAACUUUUAAAUUGCUCAACUUUAACAAUUAGUAGUGAAUGUAAUAUUUUUUCUGUAAAAUGCAUUUGGGAUGGAUCAACUUGCAUAACUAUUGGUCCUUGUAUCAAUUAUUCAAGUAGCAUUUUAUGUGAUAAUAAAAGUAAUUCUUAAGGAAUUCCUUGCUUUUGGAAUGGUACAUAAUGCACAGAAAAGACUUGUUCAAAUAAAACUACAUCCUCAUUAUCAUACACAGACUGCAAUAACUGGCUUGUUAAUUGUUAAUGGGAUGGUAACAAUAAUUUAUGUGUAGAAGAUUGCACUUAAGCAGAUAAUACUUUUACUUCCCAUUAAUAAUGCGAAUCGUAUUAUUUAAAUAAAAGUUGCACUGUCAAACUUGAUCUUAUUCAGUGUGUAGACCUUCCAAUUACUUGUAGUUUAGCAAAAUAAACUUAAUGUUAUAUAGAUAAAUUAGGAAAUGAAUGUUACUUUCAAGCCUCAUUAAAUCAGUGUGUUACAUUAACUUGUUUAAAUUUGGAAGACACUUAUACAACUCAUGAAAAAUGUAAUUAGAGAAUAAAUUCUUGCACAGUUAAUAUAAAUUUAAAGGGAUGCUAAUAUUUAGAUGACUGCAAUAAUUAUUUAAUCCAAUAGCAAUGUGUAAUUGAUAAAAACAACUUAGAAUGUGAUUGGAUAAUGAAUCUAAGUAGUUGUAGAAUCAAGAAAUGCACCACAGCAUAAUUGAUUUUAUAUACAGCACAUAGUUGUCAAUAGUAUUUUGGUGAUUCAUGUACUGUAAAUGCUAAUUUAGAUGGAUGCGAAAUAGGUUAAUCAUUAUGUAUGAAUUACAAUUAUUAAUAAUGUAAGAGUGAUGGGCAGAAAAACUUAAGUGGAGUCUAUUGUUUUUGGGAUGAGGGGAAAAGUACUUGCUUAGAAAGGAUAUGUGAGAAUGGACCUGCACUUGCCUAAUCUCAUUUAGAGUGUAUAGGAUUCCUUUCUACUUGUUAGAAAGGAGGUUGCCGUAUCAAAGGGUGCUUUGAUUACAAAUAUGCUAUAGAUUCAGCAUGUGCUUCUAUUUUUGAAGAUAAGAGAUGUGUUACUAAUGGUUAUUAAUGUAUUUUAAGAAAUGCUUGCGAAGAUGUUAAUAUUAUUGAUGGAUGUACUUUUGAUAUCAAUCUAAAUCCCUGCGUUUGGAUAGACGACAAAUGUUAUACCAAAACUUGUUAAACUGCCUCAGUUUCACUUACCAAUUAUUUGGAAUGCAAUUCAUAUUUACCAUAUUGUACAGUUAAAUUAGAAGGAGGUUGCACCAAAAAGUAAAAUUGCUAAGAUUACACCAUCAAAGAAGCUUGCUAUUCAGAUAAUGAAAAUGAGGAAUGUAUUUGGGAUGAAUAUCUAGGUGAAUGCUUUUCCAAUUCAUGCAUUGAUUUCUGUGGAGAUGGCAUUAUUUCUAGCAAGGAAGAAUAAUGUGACGAUGGCAAUUAUUUACCUUAUGAUGGUUGUUAUAAAUGCCAAAUACAAUGUCAAUAAGGAUGUAAUCUUUGUAAUGGUCCAAUAUGUUAAGAUUGUUAUAACAAAGGGUGGUUAUUAUCAGAUGGAGUUUGCAUUUCUAUAUGUGGAGAUGGGUACCCAGUAGGAAAGGAAUUGUGUGAUGAUGGAAAUAAUAUUGAAUUUGAUGGAUGCUAUUAAUGUUCCUACUCAUGUCAUAAGUAAUGUCUCAAUUGCUUCUAAGGGUUGUGUGUAGAAUGUUAAAAAGGAUACUAAGAAGAUGGAUCAUAAUGUCAUAAUGUUUGUGGGGAUGGAUAUAUAAUUUAAGAAUUAGAAGCAUGUGAUGAUGGAAAUCUUCAAAAUAAUGAUGGGUGCAGUGAUACUUGUAAAGUUGAGAUGAAUUGGAAAUGCCGUUUAGAAAAUAAAAUUAGUGUUUGCAAUUACAUUAUUCUACCUAAGAUUAUUCUUUAUCAACUUUCUAAAUCAAACUCAGAUUAUCAAGAAUACUAAUUAUCAUUCUCAGAAUAAGUACGAUUGAAUGUAACAGAAAUUAGUGAAGAACAAUUUCUACAAAUGAUUAUAGUUGUCCUUGAAAAUGCCAAAGAUAACGAAUAUGAUGUUGAAGUUAGACCAAUGUUCUCUAUAUCNAAAAACAACUUAGAAUGUGAUUGGAUAAUGAAUCUAAGUAGUUGUAGAAUCAAGAAAUGCACCACAGCAUAAUUGAUUUUAUAUACAGCACAUAGUUGUCAAUAGUAUUUUGGUGAUUCAUGUACUGUAAAUGCUAAUUUAGAUGGAUGCGAAAUAGGUUAAUCAUUAUGUAUGAAUUACAAUUAUUAAUAAUGUAAGAGUGAUGGGCAGAAAAACUUAAGUGGAGUCUAUUGUUUUUGGGAUGAGGGGAAAAGUACUUGCUUAGAAAGGAUAUGUGAGAAUGGACCUGCACUUGCCUAAUCUCAUUUAGAGUGUAUAGGAUUCCUUUCUACUUGUUAGAAAGGAGGUUGCCGUAUCAAAGGGUGCUUUGAUUACAAAUAUGCUAUAGAUUCAGCAUGUGCUUCUAUUUUUGAAGAUAAGAGAUGUGUUACUAAUGGUUAUUAAUGUAUUUUAAGAAAUGCUUGCGAAGAUGUUAAUAUUAUUGAUGGAUGUACUUUUGAUAUCAAUCUAAAUCCCUGCGUUUGGAUAGACGACAAAUGUUAUACCAAAACUUGUUAAACUGCCUCAGUUUCACUUACCAAUUAUUUGGAAUGCAAUUCAUAUUUACCAUAUUGUACAGUUAAAUUAGAAGGAGGUUGCACCAAAAAGUAAAAUUGCUAAGAUUACACCAUCAAAGAAGCUUGCUAUUCAGAUAAUGAAAAUGAGGAAUGUAUUUGGGAUGAAUAUCUAGGUGAAUGCUUUUCCAAUUCAUGCAUUGAUUUCUGUGGAGAUGGCAUUAUUUCUAGCAAGGAAGAAUAAUGUGACGAUGGCAAUUAUUUACCUUAUGAUGGUUGUUAUAAAUGCCAAAUACAAUGUCAAUAAGGAUGUAAUCUUUGUAAUGGUCCAAUAUGUUAAGAUUGUUAUAACAAAGGGUGGUUAUUAUCAGAUGGAGUUUGCAUUUCUAUAUGUGGAGAUGGGUACCCAGUAGGAAAGGAAUUGUGUGAUGAUGGAAAUAAUAUUGAAUUUGAUGGAUGCUAUUAAUGUUCCUACUCAUGUCAUAAGUAAUGUCUCAAUUGCUUCUAAGGGUUGUGUGUAGAAUGUUAAAAAGGAUACUAAGAAGAUGGAUCAUAAUGUCAUAAUGUUUGUGGGGAUGGAUAUAUAAUUUAAGAAUUAGAAGCAUGUGAUGAUGGAAAUCUUCAAAAUAAUGAUGGGUGCAGUGAUACUUGUAAAGUUGAGAUGAAUUGGAAAUGCCGUUUAGAAAAUAAAAUUAGUGUUUGCAAUUACAUUAUUCUACCUAAGAUUAUUCUUUAUCAACUUUCUAAAUCAAACUCAGAUUAUCAAGAAUACUAAUUAUCAUUCUCAGAAUAAGUACGAUUGAAUGUAACAGAAAUUAGUGAAGAACAAUUUCUACAAAUGAUUAUAGUUGUCCUUGAAAAUGCCAAAGAUAACGAAUAUGAUGUUGAAGUUAGACCAAUGUUCUCUAUAUCAACUAAAUUGAAUGAUGUAGCCUAUAAAAUAUUAGUUUUUUUUAAAAGUAAAGUCGAAAAUCCUGUUUUAAAGGUAACAAUUAAGUGUGA